GCUGGGUGUGUCGGACGAGCACAGUGAGGGAGGGGACAGGUGUGAAUGACGUAGUCGCUCCUCUUGCAUUCCUUCUCCGGCUCCAGUUGGCCCACUAGCAGCCCUGCUGCCUAUGCAAAGCCCUGUGGCAUUGCUCUUACUCGGCAAGUCAGCUACACUCAGAGAAACCAGAUCAGGCAACACACUCACACCCACACCGAGUCAGCAGGACAGAUCUGAACUUAGUGUUAGUGCUACACUGCGGUUGUUUCUGGAUUCGUCUGGCAUUGUGGAUAUGGGAGGCAGAGAGGAGCUGGUGGUGAGUAGACUGGCUCACACCAUGCAGUUUCAUCGCACAAGGCUGAACCGAUUCAGGCUCCGUCCGAUCCGAAGCCCGGGCAGUGGCAGGCGUGGGAAAGUAUUUUCCCCCAUCCCAAAAACAUCCAGAGAUCUUAGCCCCACCGAGAUGAACGUGGAGCCCUGGGCUAGCCCGCAGGACCAGGCAGCCGCUGAGCACACGUACCCCACGCACACCCCGUCGCUGCUGUCAGCCCAGGACCAGGAGCAGCACCCUGACAAACUGUGCCUGGACUCUUUCUGGAGUGAGGUGGAGACCAUACAACAGGGGAGUGGCUACACGGAUCUCGACAGCACCAGGAGAGAUUCCAAACAGUCAGAAGAAGGUGACCAGGAGGAACAGUGGCUUGCUGAUGCCGGUCUUUCCACACUGAUCAGCGAGGACAGUGAGGAUGUCAACAAUGCAGUUCUGCUGUCCACCUUGACUCGGACCCAGGCUGAGGCCGUCCAGCGUAGACUGGAAUCCUACACACUGUCCCUCCGCAAGAGGAACAAACCACCGCCCCGCGACGUCCGAGACAUAUUUGACUCCCCGAUCACUCAGACCCUCCUCACCAAUUCCCAGCACAGCGAGGACCUAGCCCCAAACAGUAUGGCAUCAGUCGCCAAAACACCGCUAUCAGACCUUCAACAGCAGCAUCAUGGGGCCCCCAAAGAGGAAAUCUUCUUCACAGACGUGGCCUACUGCGAACAGGCUGUCAUCUUCCUCAAACAAGCCAAACUGCCCCAGAACAACGGCCACCGCAGGAAAGAGGAUGGCACCCUGCCUAGAGUUAUUUGCCCCCGGUGUCGUCUGGGGGUGACCCGUGUGCAGGACCUGUCUCACGCCGACAUGAAAAAGGUCCGUCAGCUGGCUCUCAUAGACAUGACUGCCCUGUCUGACCUUCUGGAACUGGAGGUGAAGAGGCACAAGACCUGCAAAAGAAAAAUCCCAGAGAGCGCUCUCUUUGGCGUGCCCCUGGCCACCCUGCUGGAGAAUGACCAGAAAGUCAAGCCCAACACCUCAACCCCUCUCUUCCUGCAGGCGUUACUGUCCUUCCUUGAGAAGAAGGGGCUCGAUUCUGAGGGGAUCCUGCGGGUUCCAGGAUCUCAGUCCAGGAUCAAGCUGCUGCAACAGAGCCUGGAGACAACUUUCUACUCAGGAGCAAUGAGCUGGGAUGACAUCAGUCCCAACGAUGCCGCCGCGCUGCUCAAGAAAUUCAUCCGAGAGAUGCCCUCCCCUCUGCUCACCGCCGAGCACCUCAACACUUUCAGCGCCGUCAGAGACAUCACAGAGCUGAAGCAGAAGCUCCACAUGUUGAACCUGCUUAUCCUGCUGCUGCCUGAGCCCAACAGGAACACACUGAAGGCUCUUCUGGAGUUCCUCAGCAAGGUGAUAUCCAGGGAGAAGAGAAACAGGAUGAACCUGUGGGCCGUGGCGACCAUCAUGGCACCCAACCUCUUCCUCCACAAGGCGGUGCCCAGCAGGCUGACCGAGGGGGCGGAGAAGGAGAAGGGGCAGGUGGAGAAGGCCGCUGACAUCAUGAGGCUCCUCAUUCGCUACCAGGACCUGCUCUGGACGAUCCCUAACUUCCUGAUGAGCCAGGUGCGUAAACUGAACGAGAACAGUAACCGGCGCUACCAGUUCUACGAUCGCAGAAUCAAAAACCUGCUGAGGAAGAUCCACACGGACAGCCGGGACAAACCCGAAAAGAAUACCUCAGAGCCACGCCGUACAGUGAAGAUCCAGGUCGGAGAUCUGGUGAGCAGCACCAUGGAGGUCCAGGUCAACAUCAACUCUCGGGCGUCGGACCUCCUCGCCCAGUUUCACCGCCAGUUCCUAUGCAGCCCCGACAAUGGCAAGGGCAAGCUGCGGAGAAACGGCUCUGUCACCUAUCCAGACUGCGCCAUCUACGAAGUUGGAGGAAACAUCGGUGAGCACUGUGUGGAUCUGGAGACACACCUCCUGGAUCUGUACAACAGCAAUCCUGGAGGGGAGUGGUUCAUUAAGCUGAAACCCAAUGCCAGCCGAGGGCUGUGACGCUUAACGACACCACAAAGUGACGCUGGAUGAGAGGACUUGGGAGAUCAAUGGUGGGAAGGAAGGAAGGAAGCAAGCAAGCAUGGAUGGAUCCUGGGAUAGGAGGACUAAGAGUCUGAAAGAGACGACCAGAGUGCUAAAAACAAAAUGGAAUCCUUCCCUCUCUGUGUUGCUUUCCCUCCUUCCUCCCCUUCUUUGGACAACCAUGGAGGAGGAGAGCGCUGGACCAGUGAUGGAUGAAGCCCACUCUCUCUCUCUCUCUUACAUCUCAGUUUCAGUCUCUCUCUCACGCUCUGGCUCAUUUCUCUCUCUCUCUCUCUCUCUCUCUCUCUCUCUCUCUCUCUCUCUCUCUCUCUCUCUCUCUCUCUCUCUCUCUCUCUCUCUCUCUCUCUCUCUCUCUCUCUCCUUUCAGUAUCUCUCUUUCAUUCUCUCCUCACAUCUUACUCUCCUCUUUUCCAUUCCUUGGGUUUUCUUUCCCUGCGUUAGUGCGGGGCUGUGGUGCCGCAGCGAGCCCGGCGGUGUGGGCGGUUACCGCUAGCGGAAAGCCAAUGGAGAGCAGUAGAGAGCAGCGGGGGCCAUUCAGCAGGCUGGCCAAACUCUCAGGCAAUCAACCCCAACCACAGUGGAGCAGAUGGGAAUGUGGAGCACCUCUGGCUAUAUAAGCAUACGGCCUCCAACCGGCCAGCUGAUUGACUGACUGAAAGUCAGUCUCUCUCUCUCUCUCUCUCUCUCUCUCUCUCUCUCUCUCUCUCUCUUCUCCCCUCUUUCCCCAUUUUGCAGUCCUGACUAUUUUCGAUCACAAAGGGGUUGAAAAUGGAGAGUUGGUGUACAUCAGCUCCUUUCUCUUAAUUAUCCAUGCCAUUCAUGAGGGGACAGAGACCCCGAUGAAGUGAUAUCCACCCCCACCCCACCCCCCAUCGCUGGCAUUCUGCUGUCUCUCUCUCUCCCUCUCAGGGGUAUUGUAAAAACCUGUGAACUUCUAAGGACCUCCAUAACCUACCAGGAAUAGUGUACAAAGAGACCAAUUUUCUUUUUUUUCUUUACACCAAGGGAUUUUGGGGGUGUCUCAGACUCGAUGACGUUCACCGUACCUCUAAAGGGAGCUGUUAAAGACGGAUAGUGAAGCUGGUCUUCAGCUUUCUGUUUUUGUUCUUAAAAUGCACGGACAGACUCAAAAGUACUAAAGUGACUGCUGCGUAUAAUGAUUAUUUAUAUGCCUGUGACUCUGCUGUUGCUUCUGUGUUCAUGAAUGUGUUCUGUAGGAGUGAAGUUAGGCUGCAGAGGAGUUGCUGCACUCAGUAUAAAUAGUGAUGUUGUGUGAUGUUGCCCUCUCUCACCUGUGGGUUGGGGAGGUUAUGGUGUUUGUGUACAUAUUUCUACAUCCUCAGCUGUAUUUUGACACAUCUCGCCACAUGUUUUUUUUGUAAAACAACUAAACAAAUGACAUUGCUUCGAGGAAAAAAGAAAUUUCGUGUGUAAAUAUCACUUAUUCAAACAACUGGCUCUGCACCUUGAAGGAGUAUUGUUCGUUGCACCAGUGCUGUACAUUUGACUUCUUAAACUGUGCUGUGAUUGUAUUGCUACGGAUGAAUUGUGUUGCUACGGAAAUCCAUUAAGCUAUCCCUGACGCACGGAAACGAGCACGUGAAGGUGGCGACGUUUUGCGCCGACCAUCGGACACAGACCCUUUGCUCCUCGGCCCGGCGCCAUGUUGCUAAUCGGCAGCCAUUUUGUGGGAAAUGUCUCUCGGACUCACCAGGCAGAGCGCUGACAAGCCAAUGCAGCGCCAACAUCCAUCAGCACCCUCGCUCGGUCUCUGUCACCUCCCCGUAAUGGGCCAUAAUGGCACCAUGCAGCACAGAAAAGCGGCGAAGAAUCGCAUCUUUCUGAUAAAGGAGUAGGUAAUAAA